AUGGCUGAAGAGCAAGAGGUGAUUCAAAUAGAGUUGCUGUGUAAACAGCUAUAUGAGUCACAGGAUCCGUUAAUCAGAGAGCAAGCGGAGAAGGCAGUUGUUGCAUUUCAGGAGUCCCCGGACACGUUGAGCAAAUGUCAGGCGUUACUUGAAAGGGCAGAUUCGAGUUAUUCACAAUUGUUGGCUGCCACCACUCUUGGAAAGCUCAUCAGCAGACAAACCAGCAGCUUAUCAAUACAACAGAGGCUGGAUAUUAGAAAUUAUAUUCUCAACUACCUCGCUACUAGACCCAAACUUGCCAAUUUCGUCGUGCAGGCGUUAAUAUCGCUCUUCGCGCGCAUCACAAAGCUAGGCUGGUUCGACACCGUCAAAGAGGAGCACGUCUUUCACAAUGUCCUCGAUGACGUCACUACAGGGUUCCUACAGGGUCCAGUGGAAACGUGCACCAUCGGAGUGCAGUUACUAUCUCAGCUGGUGGUGGAAAUGAAUCAAGUCUUCGAAUCGGACGCCAGCCGAUCUCUCUCGAAACACAGAAAGAUCGCUUCUUCUUUCAGGGAUAUGCAGCUAUUCGAGAUAUUUCGCGUGUCCUGCUCGCUGUUGAGUUCGGCGCGAGGGAAGCAGCUCGCGAUGGCUGAUGAGAGCCAGCAGGCGCUGCUGGCUGCUCUGCUGCGCUUGGCGCACAACUGCCUCACGUUCGACUUCAUUGGAACAACCAACGACGAGUCUUCGGACGAUCUAUGUACUAUACAAGUGCCAACAUCGUGGCGACCGACCUUCCUGGAGUCCAGUACCUUGGAGUUGUUCUUCUCUCUAUACGCUUGUGUGCGAGGGUCCCUGGCUGGUCUCUCGCUGGCGUGUCUAGUCCAGCUGGCCUCCGUACGAAGAUCGCUAUUCAGUAAUAACGAGAGAGCCAAGUUCCUCAAUAAAUUAGCUGCUGGUGUGAUGACCAUCUUGGAGGAUACACAGGGUUUAUCGGAUCCCACAAACUACCACGAGUUCUGUCGUCUACUCGCUCGUCUAAAGUCGAACUACCGCCUCGGUGAACUGGUCAUGGUGGACAACUAUCCCCGCCUUAUUGAAGAGAUCGCCAAAUUCACUGUCCAGAGUUUACAGAUGUGGCAAUUCACACCGAACUCUGUCCACUACCUUCUGUCGCUAUGGCAACGCAUGGUCGCGUCUGUACCGUACGUGAACGCUACGGAGCCCCACCUCUUGGAGACGUACGCGCCGACGGUCACAGCCGCUUAUAUUAAUAGUCGAUUGGAUUCCGUCGCUGUUUUGCUGAGAGAAGGUCUAGAAGACCCUCUGGAUGACAUGGGGGCGGUGCAACAGCAGUUGGAACAGGUGGCUGUCAUAGGACGAUGUGAAUACGCCAAGACCUGCCAACUGCUGGUGGCGCACUUCGACAGAGCUGCUGCUGCGUACACGGUAGAAUCGCAGCCGCAGCAGAUACAGGUGUUGCAGGGUCAACUAACGUGGUUGGUGUAUAUAAUCGGAGCGGCGAUAGAUGGACGGGCGUCUGUCAACGCGUGCGACGAGAACGACGCGAUGGACGGCGAGCUGGUGUGUCGCGUUCUGCAGCUCAUGGACUUGACUGACUCCAGGCUUGCUAAUAGUGGUUGUGAAAAAUUAGAGUUAGCUAUGAUGUCGUUCUUCGAGCAGUUCAGGAAGAUAUACGUCGGGGACCAGGUGCAGAAGAACAGCAAGGUGUACCGACGCCUCAGCGAGGUCCUGGGGCUGAGCGACGAGAGUCAGCUUCUCAGCGUCAUUAUGAGAAAGAUAAUAACGAAUUUGAAGUACUGGGGCGGUUCGGAGGCGAUUAUAUCGAAGACGUUAGGAUUGCUCAGCGACCUCAGUGGGGGUUAUUCUUGUGUCAGGAAACUAGUCAGAUUGGACGAGGUGAAAUUUAUGCUGACACAUCAUACGGCCGAGCACUUUCCGUUCCUGGGGAUUGGGGUCGGCACGGCGGAGAUGCGUUGUAGGAGCAUGUUGUAUACGGCGUUGGGAAGGUUGCUCAUGGUGGAGCUGGGGGAAGACGAGGAUAGGUUCUACGCUUUCAUGAUGCCGCUAACGGCGGCCUUCGAGAGUAUAAUUGGCCUCCUUGGCACCGCUGAGAAUCCCCUCUACGCCUCCGAAGACGCGAAGAAGACCCUAAUAGGUCUCGCGAGGGACCUCCGGGGCUUGGCGUUCGCCUUCAACACCAAGACUACCUAUAUGAUGCUAUUUGAUUGGAUCUAUCCUACAUACAUGAAAGUGCUUUUGCGAGGCAUCGAACUGUGGUACAGCGAACCGGCGGUCACGACGCCAAUCCUCAAGCUAACCACUGAACUGGGACAGAGCAGGAAUCAAAGGCUACACUUCGACGUCAGCUCGCCGAACGGGAUAUUACUUUUUAGGGAAUUGUCUAAUAUAAUAUGCGCUUAUGGUAGUAGAAUAUUAACGGUAGAUGUAAACAAGAAGCAAAUGUACGCGAUGAAGCUAAAAGGGAUAUCCGUCUGUUUCUCUAUCCUAAAGGUGGCCCUAUGUGGGAAUUAUGCAAAUUUUGGCGUUUUUAGGUUAUACGGCGACGACGCUUUAGACAAUGCAUUAAAUAUGUUCGUUAAGUUAUUGUUAAGUAUACCGCAGAGCGACUUGUUGUUUUACCCGAAGCUGUCACAAACGUACUAUGUACUUUUGGAGAGGCUAGCGCAAGACCACAUGCCGUAUCUAGCUUCGUUACAACCGGAGGCCACCCUGUAUAUUCUCUCCUCAAUAUCGGAAGGACUAACGGCCAUAGACACGACUGUAUGUACGGGAUGUUGUGCGACCCUAGACCACGUAGUUACGUAUUUAUUUAAGCAGCUGAUACAAAAGUCAAAUAAUAAAGUGUCGAACCCGCGACAACCGAUGUUCAUAGAGGUAUUACAAAGGAGGCCGGAAAUAAUGCAACAGCUGCUAGCCACCGUAGUAAACGUAAUAAUGUUUGAAGAGUGCUGCAACCAGUGGUCGAUGUCGCGGCCGCUGCUCGGGCUGAUCCUGCUGAACGAGGAGCAGUUCGCCGGCCUCCGAGCGGAGAUCAUCGCGCAGCAACCGCGGCAUCGGCAGCACCAGAUCGCCGAGUGCUUCGAACAGCUGAUGGCCGGCGUCGAGAGGAAUCUGCUCACGAAGAACAGGGACAGAUUCACGCAGAACCUAUCAAUGUUCCGGCGCGCGAUCAACGACCUCCUCAAAGGCACUACAGUCAACACGCCCUCCGUUAAUGACAUGAUGACGUCAUAA